UUGCCAAGACACAGGAAAGGCUUGUAAAUGUUGCUGAACUACAUUUCCCACUUAUGAUCGCUACUGGAUAUCUGGGAAUUCUGGGAUAUGACGUUUUUGAGUUUGUGCAGUGAAUGAGCAGCAUGCUAACUAGCUGAAGCUACCUGGACUCUACAAUUUAUUUAUAUAGUACCAUGUUGCCUGAAUUAUUGCAAGGCAUUGAUGCUGCAGGGUUUCUCAUAAUACAAGAUUCUGCUAGUUAUUCUGGUCGACACCUCCUGAAGAGCUUCAUCAAUGCUGCAUUGAGCAGGGAGGAAUCUGUCCAUGUCCUUGGCUUUGAGGUCAGUGAGGAAGAGCUGAGAGAUGGAUUAAAAGGAUCACCCACUCAGAGGUUUCACUUUCACAAUGCUUUUACAGACCCCCUUGGCUGGACCGAUCAUCCCGCUUUCACAGUUAGCGGGUUCAAUUUGGAGGAACUUACACAUCUGGUCAAGCAACCGUCACAUCCAAAACCAGCUACCUUGGUAAUCGACUCUCUCUCAUGGAUUUUGAGGCAUGUCAGUCCUUCUGCUGUUUGCAAGACUCUUCAGCAACUUAAAAAAGGGGGAGCUGUGAGAGCUAUUAUUGGUCUGCUCCAUGCAGAUAUGCAUCAGAGAGGUACCGUGGGAAGUGUAUGCCAUAUGGCUACUUCAGUCAUAACUGUGGCACCUGGACUGAAGGGAGAUGAAGCAGUGGCAAAGAUAACAAAGCGCUCGAAAUCGGGGAAGGUUAUGCAAGAUGAGGAGGUUUUCAGCAUCAAAGAGGAUCUUACAGUCAUAGUACAGAGCAAGGCCAGCAAUGUUGGAUCCAAACAGCCAGACCCUGAGGAACAGGAGACAGACCCAACAGCUAACUUGACCUUCAACCUUCGCUUAUCUGACACAGAGCGCGAAGCCAAGGAGAAACUCGCACUUCCUUUUGUCUUCAGCAAAGAGAAGAAAACAGCUCUUCUCCACUCAGGCCCAGGUUCAGGACGAAUUCUGUAUGAGCCUGAUGCCAACGACGACUAUGACCAGGAGGACCCAGAUGAUGAUCUCGAUGUGUAGGGUUAGGGCAUAAAAACCCACUGAAGGCCCAAAGAGAUCCAUGUUUCAAUGUCCUCUCUGCCAUUUAAGACACUAAGUUGUUUUCAGUGGUGCAGUUUCAAAGCCUUACCCCCAAUCUCAUGGAGCUUUGAAGAAAUAAUGUAAUGCCUAAAAUUUCUGUAUGAAAUCUGUAUUAUGUUUACAAAAUGUUUUUUUCCAAAUCUUAUUGAUUGCUUUAAUUUUAAAUGUUUUGUUUUUGUAUCAAAAUAAAACUAUAUUAUGACAUUAUUACUCUAGACCA